AUGAUUCGUACUCUUUUUCACCAUGAGAAAAAAUUGUUCCAUCCAUAUAUACAUAUCAUAGUUUCAAGUUGGUCGCGUUCUAUUCAAAGGACUCUGUACUUAUUUAGACCCAACAUAGUAUCAAUUGGACAGUACCGUGACAUUUCAACAGUUUCUCGGACAACGAUAAAGGGCAAUGAUAAAGUAUUAAUCGAAUCGGUGACAGAUUCUAAGACGAGUUUGAAAGGGGAAAGCAGAAACAGUAGUACUCGACAGAAGAAAGCAAAGAAGAAGCCAAAAAAGACAGAUAAUAAGCCGGUAUCCGAUGAAAAUGCAUGCCUUAGUCUUGAAAAGUAUCUCGAGGAUGCAAGAUUAAGAAGUUCAUCAGUUAACUCUACCGUUUUUCAUGGAACAUUUUAUGAGCUAAACUUUAUGGAGUUUUUACAAAAAAACUUCACAGUUAACAGAAUCAUACACCAAGGAGGCAAGGAUGAUAAAGGCAUAGAUAUUCGUGCUACCUGGUAUCCCAUGGAUAACUUUGGAUUGAUAUCUGACAAGGAGCCUGUAAAGAAGUUUGUGAAAGUUAACUCUAUUAGUCGAGUUAGGCCAAUUGCGCUAAAAAAGAGCAAAACCGUGAAAUUGUUCAUUCAGUGCAAAAGCUGGAAGAAAAGCAGAAUUGACGCAAAACUGAUACGAGAAAUGAAUGGCACAUUUACAAAUACUGGAAGGGGGGAUGUCGGGCCCAGUUCUAACUCUAGAACACGUAAUUUUUUAAUGAUUGUGUGUCCUACUGGAUUCACCCGACAGGGUAGGAUGGACUUCGAUCGCAGUUUAUUACCCUUGAUGUUCACGAAGUUCUCUAGGGCCAAAAUCUGUGACUUAAAAAAAUCACCAUAUGAUAUUAAAAACUACAACAAAGGGCAAUUUGAAAGUUUUUACUGUAAUCCCAUGGCUGCCGCUUUGCUAAAAGGUCUUAACUGGUCAGAAUUUAUGAAGCAUCUCGAAGUUGAACAAACUUAG